UGGAGGCUGAGGGGGGAAAGGUGGUGAGAGGCUGCCCUGGGAGUCUUCCAAAAACCUGUGGAUCAAGGACUUCAAGCCACUGAGCACAACAUUCUAAAGAAAUUCUGAAUUAAGUUCUUUCAAUCAGGGACACCUGGGUGGCUCAGCAGUUGAGCAUCUGCCUUCGACUCAGAGUGUGAUCCUGGGGUGCUGGGAUCGAGCCCCAUGUCAGGCUCCCCAUAAGAAGCCUGCUUCUCUCUCUGCCUAUGUCUCUGCCUCUCUCUCUAUGUCUCUCAUGAAUAAAUAAAUAUUUUUUAAUUUCCUUUAAUCAUAGCCAUCUGGGGAAGAUAUUGGCUUGCAUUUCCCCCCUUUCAGGCACCUAUAAUCCCCAAGAGAUCAAGAUCCAAAAAUCAAGUCUCUGUUUGACUUUACAGAGGAAUUUGGCUUUGGCAGCGUGUAGACCUCAGUGUCUGGACUCUGCCCUGACAGAGUCCAGGAGGGAGGUGGGUUAGAGGACUCCGAGCUGGGCAAUCUCAGAUACUGGCAGCAGGAGAGGCAGAGAGCAGGACUCUCAUCCAGAAAGAACUAAAAACAAACCAAACUGAGAAAAAAAUAGAUUGUUGAAUUUGCCAGCCUCCUAUCACCCCAACAACGGAAGAAGGAAUGAGACUAUCUGAUGUGGUAUUUGAUGGAGCUUCCAGGGGAUUUGUUUUCUUCUGCUUUGUUGGUGCUGUCAACUUGUCCCGCUGAAAAUAUUCCUGCAUGCUGCAUGACUUGAAGUUUCUUCAUGUUUUUGUACCUGUUUUCUCAUCUAUAAAAUGAGGACAAGAACAGUCUUACUUCAUAGGAUUUUUUUGAGGAUUAAAUGAUCUAGGACAUGCACAUCAAGUACCCAGGGGUACUCAGCACACAGUAAAGGCUUGUGGAGAAAUAGAAAUUAAACAACUCUUCUGACUUCCUCUAGCGUCAGCUUCUGCUCCAUCCGAUCCUGGCCCAGAUUAGAACAACAUAUGCUGGCUUUAUCUAAAUUUACCACAGUUUUCCUGCUUUAACAUUAAAGAGGAACGAUCAAUGCUCUGCCGAUGCAAAGGUGGAAGUGUCCUCACUCUGUGCUAAUGAACUCUGGUCCUUCCUGUCUGCUGAGGAUUGCAGUAUGCCACGGCGUGCCACGGCAUGCUUCAUUGUUCAAUCAAGAUUUUCUGCAGCUGUUACAGAUCUGCCCUACAAACCAGAACUUUGAGUUCGCACCUGAUGGCGGCUGGCCUUGUGUCCCCGUGGAGCAGAGGACAGAGCACCCCGCUCACCUUGUGAAUCCCGUUUCCUCCUGUAUAAAGCCUCCUCUCCUCUCACUUUUCAGACCAUAAAGCAGGUUAACCAUCCAUGAAUUGUUGCCGGACAUCACCAAGCCAUUCUUGGGUUUUUCCCACAGUAAACCUCUGCUGCUUUGGAUUCUUCUCAAUGAUGAAACCAUCAGAGCCAUUUGUCAUACCUUAUUUAGCAGGACCAGAUAAAAAUAUAAGCCUCAGCGCGAUCACAAAUGAGAUCUUUCCAAUUUGGACAUACUCUUAUCUGGUGCUGCUGCUCCCCGUGUUCAUCCUCACCGACUACGUUCGCUACAAACCAGUCAUUAUCCUGCAAGGGAUCAGCUUCAUCAUCACCUGGUUGUUGCUUGUAUUUGGUCAAGGAUUAAGAGCCAUGCAGGUGCUAGAGUUCUUCUAUGGGAUGGUCUCUGCCACCGAGGUGGCCUACUAUGCCUACAUUUAUAGCGUGGUCAGCCCGGAGCACUAUCAGAAAGUGAGUGGCUACUGCAGGAGCAUCACACUUGUGGCCUACACAGCGGCCUCGGUGCUGGCCCAGCUCCUGGUGUCCCUGGCCAACGUAUCGUACUUUUACCUCAAUGUCAUAUCCUUGGCCUCUGUCUGUGUGGCCUUUCUUUUCUCACUUUUCCUACCAAUGCCUAAGAAGAGCAUGUUUUUUCAUGCAAAACCCAGCAAAGAAACUCCUCCAAAGCCACCAGGAAAAGAUGCUUUCUUAGAGGAACCGCAAACGGAUCACAAACCAGUCUACCAAGAAAUAUUCACCCUUUCAAGGAACCAAGAUGAUGGUCCAUUGAGCACUCCAAAGCCAGGAAAUGUAACUUUGAGAGUUUUUGUGCAGUGGUUCCAAGAUCUGAAGGGUUGUUACUCCUCAAAGCAUCUUUUUUACUGGUCCCUGUGGUGGGCCUUCUCCACAGCAGGUUUUAACCAGGUUUUGAACUAUGUCCAAAUCCUGUGGGAUUACAAGGCACCAUCCCAAAGUUCUACAAUCUAUAAUGGAGCAGUAGAAGCCCUGGCAACCUUUGGAGGGGCUCUGGCUGCCUUCACAGCAGGCUGUGUGAAAGUCAACUGGGAUCUCCUGGGAGAGCUGGCCCUGGCGAUAUUCUCAGCUGCAGAUGCAGGUUCUCUAUUUCUCAUGCAUUACACGACUAAUAUUUGGGUGUGCUAUGCUGGUUUUUUGAUCUUCAAGUCAAGUUACAUGCUUCUCAUAACAAUAGCAGCAUUUCAGAUUGCUGUUAAUCUCAGCGUGGAACGCUAUGCCCUGGUGUUCGGAAUCAACACCUUCAUUGCCCUGGUGAUCCAGACUGUCAUUACUGUAGCUGUGGUUGACAACCAGGGACUGGGGCUUCCGGUCAGCAUACAGUUUUUAAUUUAUGGGAGUUAUUUUUCCAUUAUUGCUGGAAUUUUCCUAAUGAGAAGUAUUUACAUAAUCUGUUCAGCCAAAUGCGGAAAGGAACAUUGUAGGUCUACUACUGGUCAGAAUCCAAGUGAACGAGAAGACUCAAUUUCUAAUACAAACACAGUAACAACACAGUUUUAGCCUGAUAUCUCCUACUUACCAUGGACUCAAAGGAUGGAUGAUUCUAAAAAUAUAUGGUGCUACACUUCAUAGCAUUUUAAUUGUUUGUCCUAGAUUAAGAUACCAUAAAAGAGAAGGAUUAUCAUUAACCUCAUCGACACCACAUCAAACCCUCAGCUACGGGCUGGUAAACUGAGAACAACCAAAACUGAAGUCAACAAGUUGAGACCAGCCAUCUUUAUGGCCUCAGUGAGCAACUGGGAUCCUAAAUACUGUUUUAACACUUUCAAGUCCACCGCAAAACGACAUGGAAAUCAGACAAAUGGGACCAUACAAGAACAAAAACAUGAAAUAUCAUAGCGUGAAUGAUAUAUAUAUUGGCUGUCUGUCCCCAACCUCAUAAAAGUGUGAUUUGUUUUGACUUAGGGAGUAGAUAAAGAAAUUUCUAGUGCA